CUUCCGAACAUUUACAUGUGCAUUACAUGGCAUUGGUAAAUUCCAAAUCGCCAGUUUUGGUCAAUUACUUCAGAGUCCGAGUCUGGCUCUCUAGCACGAAUUAUGGCCGCAUCUAAUUCCCUAACAUUGUCAAGCGCGACCUUCGCAAAGCUCUCCCCGCAUCCGUUCCUCCUCGCGAACCUCCAGCCUUCAGACCCAUCAACACCGUCCUCACGCACAAAUGGGCGACAACCACGCCAGGCGCGCCCCUACAGCGUCAAUACUUCAUCCCUAUCCCACGCGCAUGGUAGUGCUGUAGUCAGAUCCGGCGAUACAACUGUCAUCUGUGGUGUUCGCGGCGAGACCAUUCUCACCUCUCAGAUCCCCAAUUAUCGUGCACCGCAAGUCGAUGAUGCUACGAUUGGUGACGAACUCCGAGACUAUGAUCUGCUAGUACCGAAUGUUGAACUAGCAACUGGUUGCGCACCUAAUUUCCUACCGGGUGUACCACCGACUACACUUGCGCAGACCCUGAGCACACGCCUUUUUUCUCUGCUGCAUAGCUCGAAGCUCCUGAAUGCGGAGGAUUUACGAAUAUACCACGAUAAUUCCGAAAUACAAGGUGGAGAAGAUACUGAAGAAGAUAUUGGUGAAAUAACGAAGGAAGUCAAGGCGUAUUGGGUGCUGUACAUUGAUGUACUAUUCAUUUCGUUCGACGGUAACCCCUUCGAUGUAGCUUGGUCAGCAAUAUUAGCUGCUCUACGAGAUACAAAGCUCCCCCACGCAUAUUGGGAUGUGGACCGCGAGUUGGUGCUAUGCACUCGGCCAACUGAAAAGGAACCGACCCCGCUAAGCAUACGCGGGCUACCAGUAGCCUGCACAGCAGCGGUGUUUACAGCAAGGGAGAGACAGAAGAAAGGGGGCGGACAGUACUGGAUCCUGGUAGACCCGGACAGGUUGGAGGAGAGCUUGUGCGAUGAGACAGUGACGAUGGUGGUUGAUAAUACUGAAGGAGAAGCAAAGGUCUUGACGAUAUCUAAGAGUGGCGGAACAGUUGUUGGACCUGCUCUCGUGAGAGAGUUUGCUACUGUAGCCGCAACACGGUGGAAAGAGCUCCGUGCUGUCUUACAAUAGAAAUUACUGAUACCCUAAAUGUGGAAUGGAUACGAAACUACUACGAGAAAGCUAUGAACUGAAUAACAGGAGACUAUUAUUGAAUAAUACUGUUGCUAAGCCAGCAUUAAAAUGAGAUGUAUCAACCCUUCGAACUAUCCUAUCAGGCGAUAUUCCAGGACAGUAGAUACGGGACGACUAAUUGGUCUGCCCGCCCAUUCAAGCGAGCAGCCUACUGAAAGGCUACUCUAUUACCAGUAUCGUAGCGCUUCGGAGGAGCAGAACGCUGGAUACUGGCGAGC